CUUGUUUGUGACCAAUGGGAUGAGAGGGUUGUCCAGAAGGGGGCGGGGCAUAUACAUCUGUUUAUGUUAUUUCCCGCCCUGCGCGUCACCGCUGUGUGCUUGGUGGAUGUCAGCUAGCGAUGGAUGCUUACAUCAGCUGUGAGAAGCUUUGACAGACGGGAUUCGGCUGGUUUGGACAGAGAGUGCAGGCUGUUCCAGACUAACUUGGCAUUUGUGAUGUGCUCUCAGUUGGCAGAUAUGGUGAGGCACAGCAUGAUGACAGAGUUGCAAACCUUCCAGCACUCUCUCCAGGGCAACUCCCUGGCUGUGGGCCAAGUGGGGCAGAGCUGCGAGGCAACUCAGGAGAAUGGGGUCGUUUCAGAGGAGAGACAGCCCCUUUCCCAGGGCCCAGCAGAAAUUGAAAAAAGCCAGCCAGUGAAUAUCCCAGAUGCAGCUAAAAGAAAGAAGAAGAAAAGAACCAGAGCGACAGACAGCUCCACGGGCACUUUUGAUGCUCUCUACAAACUGACAGAUGAGGUGCUGGGUCAGGGAGCGUAUGCUAAAGUUCAGGGAUGCAUAAGUCUGCAGAAUGGACACGAGUAUGCUGUGAAGAUCAUAGAAAAGAGUGCAGGGCACAGUCGCAGCAGAGUCUUUCGAGAAGUGGAGACCCUCUACCAGUGUCAAGGAAACAACAACAUUUUGGAAUUGAUCCAGUUCUUUGAAGACAACUCCUGCUUUUAUUUGGUGUUUGAAAAGCUGCGUGGUGGCUCCAUUCUGACACACAUCCAGAACAGGAAGUACUUUGAUGAGCUGGAGGCCAGUAAGGUUGUCAGGGACAUCGCCCAAGCUCUAGACUUCCUACACACUAAAGGCAUUGCCCACCGAGACCUUAAGCUAGAGAACAUCCUUUGUGAAUACACCGAUCGGGUGUCCCCGGUAAAGAUCUGUGAUUUUGACUUGGGAAGUGGAGUGAAGCUCAGCAGUGCCUGUACGCCCAUCACGACUCCAGAGCUCACCACACCGUGUGGCUCAGCAGAGUACAUGGCUCCAGAAGUAGUGGAGGUUUUCACUGAUGAGGCCUCCUUCUACGACAAACGCUGCGACCUCUGGAGUCUCGGGGUCAUCCUCUACAUCCUGCUGAGUGGCAGCCCCCCCUUCACAGGACACUGCGGCUCAGACUGUGGCUGGGACCGGGGAGAAACCUGCAGAACCUGCCAGAGUCACCUGUUUGAGAGCAUCCAGCAGGGCAAGUAUGAAUUUCCAGACAAGGAGUGGGAUCACAUCACGGAGGGGGCCAAGGAUCUCAUAUCCCAGCUGCUGGUCCGGGAUGCCACUCUGCGCCUCAGUGCUGCUCAGGUCCUCAAGCACCCCUGGGUGCAGGGGAACGCUCCAGAGAGAAGUCUUCCAACUCCUCAUGUCCUGCAGAGGAACAGCAGCACCAAAGACCUGACUCAGUUCGCAGCAGAAGCCAUCGCCUUCAACCGGCAGCUAUCGCAGCACGACGAGCAGCAGGAGGAUGCCGGCGUCAUCGUUUGCUCCAUGAGGCUUUCUCCUCCUUCCAACUCCAGACUGGCCCGCAGACGGGCGCAGACCAACGCCCUGCGCAGCACCGACUUCGCGGCCGCAUCGGACGACAUCCCGGCCUGAAGGACCAUGAUGUCAUCGCAUUUUCUGCCUGAGUUUACCCUCUACCUGCUCCCGUUUGUGCUUCCACCUGGAGCCUUUUAUGAUCAGCCACACAGCUUUAGAAGUGACUAACUGUUCUUGGUGUUUCAGCUCUUUCACAUGGCCAGUAAUCUUAUCACCUAGACAGAGCUUGAGCACCAAGGGGACAAUUAAUCACCGGCUGCCACCUCUUAAUUGAAAACAUAGGUGUAACUCCUGAGAUUAGUCCAGGAAACAUCUUAAGCUGCCUGCGUUUAGACUGUCUCAUUUGGGAGUAGUGUUUAUUUUCACAGUUAGUCUUAACAGAGUUCGUUUUUUUUCUAUUGAAUAAUGAUGACGCUUACCCACACAGCAGGAAACACACUAAAUGCCAGCAGUUUGUAUUUAAUAUUUAUCAGAACAUAUCGUUAACAACAGGCAUUACCUGCGUUCAGCACAGUUGUGUCCUAAUGCAAUAUUAUUAUCUCAUUGUGAGCGGGAUGGCUCAAACAAAAGGUAAGAGACGGAAGCGUUCGGGGUUGGGCAAAAACAACAGCGUUUAUUGUUCGAGAAAUGUGCACACAACAGCCAGCUCCGCGGUAUUUUUAGGACGGGCAAGGCCAGGACGGGGUGUGUCGUCUUCCCAGGACCCAGCCUACUGCAAGACAGAUCAGAACCAGGUUACCGACAUGCUUUAUAUUAAAUGCCUGAUUACCUGAUUCCGAUCAGCUGUCUGGUCUCCGCCGAGCCACUCCCCUCACCCCAGCAGCCGGCGCUCUAACCACACCCGGCUGCCACACACAUUUUUAUAGAUUUUAUUGUUCUUGUUGUCCAACUGGUUAAUGUUUUAUGUAUGUGCUACUUAUUGCUUCGUCACUGGAGGAAAGGGACGAGUUCUCAGUCAUGUUUUUAGAGCAUGUCAGUGUAUGUGUUUCGAUGUAUGUGGUUUAAGUGAUGAAAAUGACUUUACUUAGAGGAGGCUGUCUGUCUCUGGAGAUGGGCGUUUGUCCUUUCUAACCUUUUAGGUCAUUCUUGUUGAGGCUGCUAAGAGCUUACAGAAGGUUUGGUAUUGUAAUGGAUGGUGAAGUUGGAGGAGACCCUUUGAUCAAAUAGUGAUUCUUGCUAGCGUUCACUUCAACACAAGCUACCUGUAGCACUGAUGUACUUUAAUACAAGUCAGUUAUUUAGUUCAUUUGAAAGGCAGUAGGUCGUGUCCUCAAUAAUUUAGUUUUGUAUAAAACUGUGAACUUGACACCUUCAGUAAUAUUCAUCUUUGUUAAAAGAGGUUUUAACAGCUUUGAAUCCACAUUAGUCCCUACGGAAUAAGAUUAGGGCCACAUGUGAACACUUUUUUGCAAUCUAAGAGUGAAUUUUUUAUCUUUGAGUUCUGAGAAUUGUGAUUAAAGUGGGAAUUCUGAAGUUAAGUGGGAUUUCUGAGAAAAGUCAGAAUUUUCGGAAUGUUGGAAAAAUAUAUUUCUGACUUUAAUCUCAGAAUUAAAACAACAACAACUUUUGGUCAAAUGUGUAGAGUCGUUUUUCUCGUGGCCCUAAUCUUUUUCCGUUAUCCCCUACAUCACCUCAGGCUCCUUUUUUUUUUUGCUGCACCAAAUCUUUGCACGUUUUGUAGGAUACCAAGGUUACACCAUCCCAAAAGUACUUUCUUUAUUUCCUUUUUAAUUUGAUAUUUCAAGUGUUUUUAGUAUGAAUGAAUAGAAAUGUGUAUGCAUUUGUUUUUGGUCUUAUGUAGCUGAAGAGACUUAAAGAGGGUUUUUGAAUAGUUGUAGUCAGAGACAGGAUUCCAGACUAAAGUUAAAAAGGAUUUAUUUUUAUAAAAGUAUUUGUAUAUUUUUAUUUUGUAGUUGUUGGUUCUGAGUGUGCCAAUGGAACGAAUACUGGACUAACCAUACUUUAAAGUUCUCUUGAAUCCAUCAAGUUGCUGAUAUUAUACAAAUAUUUUAACUUUUUUAUUUGUUUCUCAUUAUGGACCCCAUGUGUGAUUGAAUCAGUCCCUGAUAGUAGUUUAUCUCCUCUAUUUCCCCGACCUUAUUAACUUUAUGCGUCCGUUGCUUAACGACAUGUCCCCUGGUUUAACAUUGUUGCCAUGGACACACCAUCCCUAUAGCAACAAAGGUCCUUCAUAUGCUGGCAGGAAUUGAGAGAGGCUUGCUCACACACAUUAAACAACCACUUGCCAUAUUAAACCCCCCUCUCACUCCCUCCCAUUAUGAAUCAUAAAAGGACUUGUUUGUUUCCCCUCAUCAACAUGUAACGCAUCAAAUGAGAUGCAGUAAUUGGUGUGCAAUUAUGGAGCCCCAUUGAAAUUUGUCAAAGCUCUUAUGGGGUCUUAUGCAUACACAUGUGUGGAGCAUAAUUUCACUGGUAUGCUGUCAAUAAAAAAAAACAUCCUUAACAUAUAA